AUGUGCAUGAAGGUGGAAGAGGAAAAAUUAGUCAACGAUACUAUUAUCUGCGUUCCAUACGAUGUCUGCUUUGACCGUUCUACACAGGAGGUUCGUUGUGAGUGCAAUAUUUUCGAGAGUUUAGGUGUGUUGUGUUGUCACUGUCUUGCAGUUUUCCAUCCGUAUAAAGUGUACAAAGUACCUACCUGUUAUGUUCUUCCUCGAUGGAGCAAGAAAAUAAAGCACAAGCAUACGUAUGUCAAGAGUAGCCAUGAUGUCAGUCGGUCGGAUGAGAGUCAUGUUGCAUUCAGGGGACUGUGUGCACACUUGUACAAUGUUGCUCAAGAGUUCGUCAGUGACCAUGACGAAACAGCAUUGCUGUAUGCUGCUCUGGAAGAAACAAGGGCCAAGUUGGCUGCGCACUGUGCCAAGAAGAGGUUUGAGAGCGUUGUGGAGACCCACACCAGCAUUGGCUCAUAG